GCGAAUUACGUGACUUUUCAAUUAAAAAUAAGUGGAUAUCGUCAAUUUUUUUAAACGUUAAUUACAAUAUGAGCUUUCUAAUAUAGAUUAUCAUAGGUUAUGUUGAACACAUAUAUUUACAAUUUCAACAUCAUUGAAUGGAAUACGUUGUUGUGAUUAAUAGCAAAAAUGUCACUCACUAAUGCUUCGCGGGUAUCAUGUUUAACAUGCAACUUAAAAGUUGCAAUAAAUUCCACCAAAAAUAUUUAUAAAACCGUGUUUACUCAAACGGGCAAAAGUUUAGCUUCUUUUGUGUUAUCAACAUUAUCACUGACCACUCAAAAUUUACGAAGUCCAUAUCUUUGCUUGCGAUGUUUAAGUUUAUUUGGAAAGCUCGAUGAAACUUCAAGAAAAGUAAAAAGUAUUAAGUGUGAAAUUCAUAAAAUUUUUCAAGACAGCUGCAAUAGCAAAAUAAAUUGUCAUGCUAUGAUUAAAAAUGCUGAGAAAGAUACUUUUACUAAUGGUACUAACACACAAAUUCCUUUGACUAAACCACGAGCUGUAAUUACUCGUUGUACACAAGAAAAGCAUCCAUAUAUUUUAUUUCAAAGAAAGAUAAUUAAUAAUAAUUUUAAAUUACCUACAAAUUUGGAAAAUAAAAAGACUAAUAAAGCACAAUCGGAAAAUGAUCGUUCAGAUGUUUCACAGCUAAAUGUGAAAACUUAUCAAGAGAAUUUAAAAAAUGCUGAAACAAAUGCAGAACUAAUUACCAAAGCUAUUUCAAUUGAUAAUGAUAUGUUUGAUCUUAUACCUAGUUUAAAGGAUCAUCAAUAUACUCAGUUGCAUGAAGAAAGUAAUGUUUUCAGUUGUACAGCUAUGAAAUCUAUUUCUAGUACAAAAGUUUUAUCUAUAAUGCAGCAAAAUAUAAUCCCAGCACCAGAACCAAAAAAAUUAGAGGUAACAAAAUUAGAAUCUUAUACAUGUUUAAACUGUGGUACAAAGAACAAUACAAUGAAAGAUCUAAAGCUGCACUACAAGACUCAUUCAGAAAUAUAUCCUUAUAUGUGUGAAAAAUGUGGUAAGGUUUAUAAAACCAAGAAAUCAUUGAAAAUUCAUAUAAAAACACACGAUAGACUAAUCACGCAGUAUGCUUGUACUACAUGCAACAAGUGUUUUACAUUAAAAUCUGCUUUGAAGAGACAUUUGCUAAUACACAGCAGAAAAAAGCGUUAUGAAUGUGAAAUCUGUUUAAAGAAGUUUUUACAUCAUACUAGUUUUAUGACCCAUACUCUUAGUCAUAUUCAGAAGAAACAUAAGUGUCAUAUAUGUGCUUUCACAUUUACAUCUUCAUCAAACUUAAAACGCCAUAUGAGAGUUCAUGGAGGUGAAAAAAAACACAAUUGUAAAAUAUGUAACAAAAGUUUUUUUGAACAUUAUGAAGUUGUAUCUCAUAUGAAAGUCCAUGAUCCUGAACAAAAUCGUCUUAUAGAGGCUAGGAAGAAAUACCACAGACUUACAGCUCGCAGAUGUGAAAGAUGCAAAAUUAACUUUGCUUCAGCAGGUGAAUAUAAUGUGCACAUACGUAAACACACUCCAGAAAACCUAUUCUGCAAUGAAAAUAACUUUGUACAUGGCAUUCAACUUUUUGAACCUAUCACUGAUGAUCCUGUCCACCAGCUUAAUAGUAAAUUGAAAUGAUUGAAAUUUUAAAUGAGCAAGAAUAUAAAUACUAACUUGACUUACUCUAAUGGCUCGUCAAUAUGUAAGUUAUAAGUUACUUUUAUGUGAACAACUUGUUUUUAUAUACAUUAUAAGUAUAUAAAAUUUAUUUUUCAUAUUUUUCAUAACAAUGUAAAACAGAAUUUUAUAGAAGUUUCUUUGCUGUAGUAAUGAGUAAGU